AUGGGAAAGCACAACGCCACCGACUUGACGCCGGAGGAGCUGCAGGGGCUCGUCUCCGCUUUAAAUGAGGAGCAGCGCAUGAGGCUGGAGGAAAUUCGGAGCCUGUAUUCUAUGCACAUCAGCGGCAACCAGCAGCUCUUCGAUGACCUCUUCUUCGUCAGGUUCCUGCGCGCACGCAAGUUCGACAUCAAUAAGACGAGCGCCAUGCUCAACAAGUACUUCAGCUGGCGUCUCGAGGUUAACGUCGACUCCAUCAUCCGGAGCGACUUGACCUACAUUCGCGACCGCGUGCGCGAGUUCUUUCCGCACGGUUACCACGGUGUGGACCGUCUCGGCAGGCCCAUCUACAUCGAGCGGAUGGGCCAGGGCAGCUGCACGAAGCUGCUGCAGCACUUGACCACGGAACAGCUCACGCGAUACUACGUCCAGCGCUACGAGUACCUGACGCACGUCAUGAUGCCGGCAGCGAGCAUCAAGCUCGGCAAGCCCGUGGAGCAGCUGCUCACUAUCGUGGACCUGCGCGGCUUCUCGCUAUCGCAAAUCAACACAAAGCUGCGGGCUUUCCUCACCGCCAUGUCGUCGGUGACGCAGAACUACUACCCCGAGAUGCUCGGAAAGUUGCUUUUCAUCAAUGCCUCGGCACUGUUCUCCGCGCUGUGGCAGAUCCUGUCGCCGCUGCUGGACGCGAAGACGCUCUCCAAGAUCAGCGUCAUCUCCUCCAAGACGGAGUCGCGCCAGCUGGUGUUCGAACUGGUCGACCCCGACCAGCUGCCGAUAUUCCUGGGUGGCACCAGGCCCGACGAGGACUGGAUGACCGCUAACUUCGGGCCGUGGGACGACCCAGAGAUCCUCGACGAGCUCAAGCGGACCAGGCCGCACGUGCCCACGGAGUUGUACGACCUCAAGGGAUUGUAA